UUUUAUAAAAAAAGUAACCCAAACAUAAAAGAGGUCCACGACAUGUUUUGAAACACCGAAUGUGAAUGACAGCUGCAAUGCCGCUUGGCUGAAUGUGUUAACUCAACACAUGUAGGAACGGCGUUAGCAAAGUAAGUUAGCUGGCUAACUUCAAGCUAAUCUUAUGCUCUUGCAGGUCUUCAAAUGCCUUCCUGGGUCUGCUGCAAUUCCUGCUUUUUCCCCCCCGGUGCUGACCGCAAAGUGGCGGUCACCUCUUGUGGCCAUAUCAUCUGUAGUGUCUGUUAUCAGAAAGGCAAGCAAGGCAAGUGUUUAAUAUGCAGCGCCCAAUGCCAAGUAUCACCACUCUCUGACAAAAGCAGCUCUGAAGUGAAGGCCCUGUUCUCUGACAUCAAGGUUGUGACAGCCAAGCACUUAGUGGAAAUCAGCAAAGUCAUAGUGUUCCAGGCAAGGCAUCAGAAGAGACUGUUGACUCACUACCAGGAAAGGAAUGAGAAGCUAGAGGGGAUAUUAGUCAAAAUGAAGCAAGAAAUGCAACAAAUGACAAAGAAGCUGAACGAACAGAGUGCCUACAUUGCAAAGCUGGAAAACUCUCUUCAGCAUCAGAGUGCCAAAGCUUCAUCUGUGCCCCAGAUCAGCCACAGUUCCCAUUCUGCUCGUGGACAUAAGUCAGUCCUACAGAUCCCAUAUAACUCCCCCAUCUCCCUGUCACGACACUCCUCAGCCACUAAUAUCUCUGAAAACAUGGAGGUGGAUGAAAGGAGUCUGUUCAGGAAACCUAACUCUGUCCCCAGGCUGUCAUUUAUCAAUCCUCAAGAUGGACGAAUGGGAAGCAUCCCUCACAGAUCGUCCAACCAAAGCACAUCGACCAAGCACUCAGCGCGCUCAGCCACAGUCAGUCGUUUUCAAGGAGCACCUUUGACCCCUGACAUGUCAUUGAGCCAGAGUUCUGGAUGGAAGUCUCCCAUCUUCACUCUUCCAUCCGCCUUCAGACACUCCAUGUCCUCCCUGGGCCGCACUCCUCCUUAACAAACACACACACACUCAUACACUGUCAUGAAGUCUAGAGGAAAUGCACCUGGCCUCUGACGCCUAUAUUGAGGUAUUUAUGUUCCUCACAGCUCCAAAUGAGUCACCAGUGAGGUUGUGCGUUGGUUUUAAACGCCCUCGAUUCACAGGUAAAAUUAAAUGUGUUCAGCUGGACCUCAAGCCGAGAUGUAUUGUCAUGUAUGUUAAUGACUGAAGGCAGAUGUCGAGUUAUUAUACUGCAUUUUUUUUCAGUCGACCAAUCGAUUAAACUAAUGACAUAAGCCUUGU